CAAAAUGAAAACCCCAGCAGCAGUCUGUCUUAUUUUCUUGCUUUCUGUUAUUCUGCUCAAGGGUUCCCACGCAGAGCCAUACGAGUAUCUACAAUUUGUUUUGCAAUACUCCAAAGGCUACUGCUACAACACCCAGAUAUGUUUUGCGAGGUUGCCAAAAAUGUUUACCAUACACGGUGUCUGGCCCGCGAACAUUUCCAAUCCCCUGGUGAGAUGUAAACAGUCAAAGAAACUACACCAGUUCAAGCAAAACGUGAUGACAACAUCACUGCAAAACGAUCUUGGCCAAUCUUGGCCCAAUGUCGAAAGAGCUAAAACCAAUAUAGGGUUUUGGAAAGAGGAAUACGAAAAGCAUGGGUCUUGUACUGCACCAGCUAUCACACAGAAAGCGUACUUUGAGAGAGCUCACGAGCUGUGGAAGGAGUAUGAUCUCUAUACAAUUUUGGAUAAAAAGCAGAUCAAGCCGGGGCACUCAUAUGCACUCACUGAUUUUGAAGCAGCCGUCAAGUCCAAGAUCGGUACCGAUACAAUACCUCUCAUCCUGUGCAAAGAGGACACACUAACUACUGGGAGCAGCACAACUGGAUUAAUUCUGAGGGAAAUAGUUAUCUGUUUCGAUCACCAGGGAACAAAUCUGGUCAAUUGUACCCGGCCGACAGAUUGCAAGCGGCAGAAGAGCACAACUAAAGACAACAUGAUAUACUACGUACCUUAAUAAUCUAUGAACAUGGUAUAUAUACAUAUAUACAUAUACAUAUAUAUAUAUAUGCAGUAUCUGUGUAUUUGCAGUAAUAUUUACUAGCUUUAGUGGCUUGUAAUAUUUACUAGCAAAUGAACAAUGAAUAAACUGUGGUUCAGUUUUCCUACGUACA